UACCGCGGAACGCCUGCAACGGGACACUUAUGAUCAGGGCUAUGUCCCGUAACUGUACUGUAAGGUUAACGUGUUAAUGAUUUCGUAUUUUUGCAGUUACUUUAAUCGACUCUAAUUAUUGAAAAUGCCGGACGUAAUUGAAGAUAAAAUUCGAUUGGUGCUCGCCGGGCAAAACCUGAAUGACGAUGACUUCUGCGAUUUUUCCCUGGAGCAGCAAAAUGAAGCACUGGAGGUGAAAGGGAUUCAACCAAUGUCAAGCUCCGAUUAUACACCGAUUUGUCAGAAGACAGUGACAUACAUUGUUGCAGCUGUAAUCGUUAAUGACCAGGAUGAGGUACUUAUGAUGCAGGAAGCAAAGCCUUCCUGUGCUGGGGAAUGGUAUCUUCCUGCGGGACGAGUAGAAAAGAAUGAAACUUUGGUGGAAGCUGUAAAGCGAGAAGUGUUAGAAGAGACUGGCCUAAUUAUGGAACCAAAGACGUUAUUAAUGGUUGAAUGUGUAAGUGGGUCUUGGUUUCGUUUUGUAAUGACCGGGGAGAUAUUGGGAGGAACAAUAAAGACUCCAGAACAGGCCAAUGAAGAAGCUCUGCAAGCUAGCUGGGUGCAAAAGGUAGAAGAUCUGUCUCUAAGAGCUAAAGACAUCCUGCCUUUAAUUCAAAAGGCGAGGGAAUACACUAAAAGCAAGGGUAUUCCAUGGCAUCCAAGUGUUCUGCCAAUGGUACAGUCUCGAGCCAAGCUUUACUUGAGAUUAAUUGUUUGCAUCAAGAAAAAGGCAACGAAUAGAUUGCACGUUCUGAUAUCAGAGAAAUCUGCCCUUCACUUACCAAUUGCUGAGAUCAAUCCUGGUCGCAAUGUGCAUUCGACACUGCACAGAUUCAUGGUGGAUAUAUUUGGAGACAGUGUACCACAACACAGGCCACAUGGAUUACUCUCCGUUGAAUUCAGUGGUGGUCAGAGUGGAGAUGGUGUAUGUCUCACUUUAUUAGUUUCUUUUAAACCUCCAUUAGAAGAGGUCCCAAUCUUUGGAAAAUACAUUUGGCACGAGCUUGCCCAAAGUUUGGCAGAAUCACUGACUGCACGCUUGCCACGAAACAUGACAGUGCCACUAAAUGUUAUCCGCUGAAAUUACAUUGCAUCCUUCAGGACGGGUAUUAAAAGCUGGUAGUAAUCAAAGAAGGAACUCGAAUUCGUUCCGCUAAAUUAAAUUAUACCAAAAAAGGAUGAAAAUGAGGGACAUGAUCCUCUGCACUUUAAGAAACCAUAGUACAAUUAGCCCAUUGCUAGAAUCAUGUACGCUACAAGAAUGUUCAUUGUUUGUCAGUAUUGCACAAACAUAAACGCGUGUAGAUUCGGACUCAGUACCGUUGUAAUUAAUAUUUUUUUAUCACUAAUCACUACUAUGGCAUGCAAUUGAUGUAGUUAGAAACAUGACACUAGAGUUUAGAAGUUAUUUACAAUUUCUUUUAUAUCAAAUCACAAUACUAUGUUUAUAGUAGUCACACUUUAAAAUCUUUACACGAGAGAUUAUACAUUUUUAAUUAACAUGUCAGGUACAUGGUUAAUGGUUUUAAUUAUUUCACUAGUUAUUUAAUUAUCUAGCAAACUGUGCACAACCUUUCAAAGGGUUUUCCAGUAUUUAUCACAUGGCUAGCAUAUUUAAUUAUCAAGCAAUUGAUGUUAACUAGUGAUACUAACUCAAUCUAAUCAACAUUCCGAAGUAAUAUAUAUUAUUAUUAGACUUA